AUGUUCCGUUAUGGGGCAUUCCAGUGGCUGACAUUAGUCUUGCACAGAGAGCUGGAGCAGGAGUUGGUUCCUGAAUGGCGAGCAAAGUACCUCGACUACAAGGGCGGCAAGAAGAAGGUCAAGGCAAUUAUUCGUGCCCUGAAGCAGGCACAACGGAGCCCUCGAACCCCGUCCUUUCGUCAAAGUACUCCGUUCUCCCAUGGUGCGACAUUAACACCGUCGAACACCGACAAGCAGCUCGAUGCUGGGGAGCUCAUUGACCCGGAAAUCCCUCAGGCCACUGGCGCCAAUUCGUCAUCGAAUGCCCGUGGAUCGCGCUUCUCAGAAACUGCUGGUAGCUAUGGUAGUAUACUGGCGACACCGCCACAGCCGCACGGUCUCGGCUCAGAUGCUGCUUCAUUCGAGCUUCCGGACCCCGCACUGGACCCAGAGGAGGAGUAUAUUCCACCGCAGGAUCAACAAGGUCGCCAGGAAGCCAGAACACCGUCCCCUAUUGCGACUCGCCGUGCUACAUUUCGCGAUCUACCAGCGCAUGCUGUGGACGGCCCGCCCGACCAGCCACCCUUGGCCCGACUACCAACUGCCCAAAGCCCACAAUCAGUCAAAGCUUUAACCAAGUCAAAUUCGAUGAAUCGUACAUCGCAGCUCAUGCGGCGUGUCUUCUCCCAUCCAGAGGUGGACGCACUGGCUGAAGCGAGAUCAGAGGUCAAAAAGCAGGAAGAGGCAUUCUUCGUGUACCUGGAUGAGCAGCUAAAGAAGAUCGAUGACUUUUACCAAAUGAAGGAGCAGGAGGCUGCUGAAAGAUUGAAGGUUCUUCGCCAACAGCUGCACAUCAUGCGGGAUCAGCGCAUCCAGGAAGUGUAUGAUGCCAAACGAGCGAACAAACGACGCAACGUGGACCCUCAGAAUGGACAAAAUGGAUUAGGGAAAUUAAACAGCUCCCGACUCAAGGAUACCCUGACGGGUAAGGUUCACUUCGGCAAGAAUUCACAGGCACUGGCCCAGAUGGCCACACCAAGGAUGCCAGCUCCUGACCGAGAAUUUAUUACCAAGCGACGAGAUUUCAUGCGGCGGCAGGAACCGCCAAACAAUGAUGUCUCCUAUCGAUCUGCGAAGCGCAAGCUCAAGCACGCUUUGCAGGAGUUCUACCGUGGAAUUGAGUUGCUGAAAGGCUAUGCCUAUCUCAACCGAACCGCUUUCCGCAAGAUCAACAAGAAGUAUGACAAGGCGGUCAAUGCCCAGCCACCGCUGCGAUAUAUGUCCGAAAAGGUCAACAAGGCCUCGUUUGUGCAAAGUGAUGUGCUGGAGACAUUGAUGUCGGCGGUGGAAGAUUUGUACGCACGUUAUUUCGAGCGCGGCAACCGAAAGAUUGCUGCCUCCAAAUUGCGUCACACAAUGAAGAAGUCGGGCGAUUUUUCGCCCAGUACAUUUCGCUCAGGACUUUUGCUUACUGCCGGUACUCUGUUUGCCAUUCAGGCUCUGGUCUAUGCUUCACAGCACUUACGACAUGGUGAAGUUCAAAUACAGGUGUGGACCAGCUAUCUACUCCAGAUUUAUGGCGGUUACUUCCUUAUCGCGUUCCACUUCUUACUUUUCUCCUUGGACUGUAUGGUGUGGACCAAGUCGAAGAUCAACUAUGCAUUUGUUUUCGAAUAUGAUACCAGGCACACCUUAGAGUGGCGCCAAUUGCUCGAGAUUCCAUCUUUCUUCAUCUUCCUCAUGGGCCUUUUCAUGUGGCUUAACUUUUCGUGGAUCAAUGCUAUGUACAUAUAUUGGCCCGUUGUGCUGAUCGGGUUGACGCUCAUCAUCAUCUUCCUGCCUGUCCGUGUUCUCUACCAUCGCAGCCGCAAGUGGUGGGCCUUUUCGAACUGGCGACUUCUACUUGCUGGGAUAUACCCUGUUGAAUUCCGUGAUUUCUUCCUCGGCGACAUGUACUGCUCUCAAGUAUAUGCCAUGGGUAACAUCGCGUUGUUCUUCUGUCUAUACGCUUCCCACUGGUCCAAUCCAGUCAAAUGCAACUCUUCUCACUCCCGACUCUUGGGAUUCUUCAGCACCCUGCCGGCGAUAUGGCGAGCCUUCCAAUGCAUUCGUCGUUACGCAGACACUAGAAAUGCCUUCCCUCAUCUUCUGAACCUGGGAAAAUAUGUCUUCAGUAUCCUUUACUACGCAACCCUGAGCAUGUAUCGCAUUGACCGACACACUCGUUUCCAGGCAGCGUUCAUCACUUUCGGUCUUCUGAAUGCUGUCUACGUAUCUGUCUGGGAUCUGAUCAUGGAUUGGAGCUUGGGCAACCCAUAUGCUAAACACAAACUCCUUCGGGAAGUGCUAGCCUUCCGUCGCGUAUGGAUCUACUACGUCGCAAUGGUUUUGGACGUCAUCGUUCGAUUCAACUGGAUAUUUUACGCGAUUUUCGUCAAUGAUCUCCAGCACUCCGCGGUUCUCAGCUUUGUCAUUUCCCUAUCCGAGGUUUUCCGCCGCGGAAUGUGGUCUAUCUUCCGUGUCGAGAAUGAACAUUGCACGAACGUGCUAUUGUUCCGAGCUUCGCGAGAUGUGCCCCUUCCAUACGACGUGCCUGUGCCUGCCGUUCAAACUCCAGGCCUUGAUGGCGCACAGCCUGGCGAUAUGCAGCUGCAAGAACAAAUUCCCCCAACAACACCGUUCAUGGCACCGGGAGAUGUUGAGACCGGAACACCAUCCAUUUCCACCCUGCGCGCUCGGAAUCGCCGUCCCAGUUUCGCGAAAGCGGUCGGCAAUGCCAUGUCUACGGCACACGCACAGGAUUUCCAGAGAAGGCGCCUCCCAGCUCAAAUGUCCAGCGCGACUGUGAGCCAGGACAUGGGUCAUGCUGGUGAUAACUCGAGCGAUGACGAUGACGAUGAUGAUGAAGGUGUGAUGGACACCGAUGAAGAUUCGGGGUCGACUAUCAAGAACUCGUAUGAUGACACUCGCCCUCGCUGA